AACUUGGUGGAAGUGGGAUAAGUGGUGCACUUUCUUGGGAUAAAGAAUAAAACAGGAACAAACAAGAAGGUGUACUAGGAAAACUAAUGGAGUUAGAUACUGUCCUAGCUCGUGUACUAGUAUUCUCAUGUUCUUGCUUAACCAUUCUUGCAAGUGAAGACAGUAUCAAGGUGGGCAAAUCAAUUACUGAUAAUCAGAAAAUGGUUUCAACAGGUGGAACUUUUGCUUUAGGUUUUUUCACUCCAGUCAAUUCUACAUUUAGCUAUUUUGGCAUAUGGUAUAAUACCAUUCCUGAACAAACUGUCAUUUGGGUUGCUAAUAGAGAAUCUCCAAUCUCUCGGGAGUCUGGUGCAGUUUUUACUAUUGGUGAUGAUGGAAAUUUAGUGCUUUUUGAUGAAAAUGGUAAAUUUAUUUGGUCUUCAAAUGUUUCGGCGACAACAGGUUUGGCUUCAAAUUCUGCUGUGGGAGCACUGUUAGAUAAUGGAAAUCUUGUUCUCAUGCAUGGUGAGUCCCAUAUAUUGUGGCAGAGCUUUGAACAUCCUACGGAUACAUUUAUGUCUGAGAUGAAACUCGGUUAUAAUAGAACGACUAGCCAACGAACUCUGGUCAAUUCGUGGACAAGUAGUGAAGAUCCUCGGCCUGGAAAUUUCUCUUUUGGAGUAGACCCUCAAGGACGACCACAGUUUUACAUUUGGAAGCAGAACAGUAUUUAUUAUAGGUUUGACGAUAGUAAUGAAUACUCUGGAGGGAAUUUCCUAGAAAUUGCAUGGUAUGUUUCUGUUGUUUCUGGAAAUGAUGGAGUAUUUAUUACUUAUGGUUACACCAAAAGCCCGAUAACAAUAAUCAUCGUUUUGAAUCCUAGUGGAUACCUUCAGGUGCUGGCAUGGAUUCAGUAUGCUAAUAAGUGGAAAGUUGAAUUUCAGGCACCACAAGUUCCUUGUGAACUUUAUGCGCAGUGUGGUCCAUUUGGAAGCUGUGGGAUCGGAUCAAAUGGAUUAUGCAGAUGUUUAACUGGAUUUGAACCAAGAUUUUCGACAGAUUGGGCAAAGGGGAAGUCCAAUGGAGGUUGUGCUAGAAAAUUAGCAUUGGGGUGUGAUGGCGGAGAUGGGUUUUUGAAGCACGAGAAUAUGAAGUUGCCCGAUCAUGCUAUCUCCUUCGCGAAUAUGAGCAUUAAGGAGUGUGAAACUCAGUGCAUUAGAAACUGUUCCUGCUCAGCUUAUGCUUAUUCAAAUAGCACCUGUUUAAUUUGGUUUGGAGAUUUACUAGACCUUGCACAUAACUACACUGCUGGCAGAGCUCUCUAUGUUCGAGUUCGUGGCUCUGAGCCAGAUGCAGUUACUCAUCGUGUAUCUGGGAAUUCAGCUCGGAGACACAUAAUUUUUAUCGCAAGUAUUGUUUCUACAAUAUCUGCUAUCUUGGUUCUUAUUAGUAUUUUUGCUUUUGUCUUCAAAAGAAAGCACUUGAGAAGACAAGCAAACAAGAGAGGCUACAGACAAUUUCCACGAAGAAAACAAACUUGGAGAAGGUGGCUUUGGCCCUGUGUUUAAGGAUUCUUUGGUCGAAUUUGGAGACGUAGCUAUCAAAAGGCUAUGCAAAAGGUCAUCUCAAGGACUGGAGGAUUUCAUGAAUGAGUUGAAGUUAAUUGCAAAACUGCAGCACAAAAAUCUUGUCAGCCUUUUAGGAUGUUGUGUUGAAAGCGAGGAGAAAAUACUAAUCUAUGAAUAUAUGCCCAAUUGCAGCCUGGACAAAUUUCUUUUUGGUUUGUCUUCUACUCCGUUAAAGACUUCAAAUGACUUUACAAUCUUAAUGAGAUAUUCAUUUUUAUUCCAGACACUCAUCUAAAAGUUACACUCGAUUGGAGUACGCGUUUCAAGAUAAUAGAAGGAAUUGCUCAAGGAAUGCUUUACCUACACAAAUACUCGAGAUUAUGCUCAAGGAAUUGCUCAAGGAAUUGCUCAAGGAAUGCUCAGGACAUUUGGAAACUUUGUCCAAGUUUGUUUUCUUUCAAUUUUUUUUUUUUUCAUUUAUGGGGUAACUCAUUUGAUCUUUUAGGCUUGGAAUGAGUGGAAAGAAGGAAGUUUGUUGGAAUUGAUUGAUCCAUCAAUAAGGGAAACCUGCGAUCGCGAUAAGGCAACAAGGUGUAUAGUGGUUGCCCUUCUUUGUGUUCAAGAAAUCCCAAUUGAUCGGCCAACAAUGUUUGACAUAGUUGUCAUGUUAAGCAACGAAACAAUGCCCAUCCCGGAACCAAAAGAACCUGCUUUUCGCAGCAGCUGGCAAUCUCAGCAGUCAAAUGAUUUAUCUAUAAAUGAGAUGACAUUUACCUUGCCAAUGCCUCGUUAAGAGGAUUUAGUGUUCCAACUUCCUGUAGUAAGUUCUCCAAAAUAUCGGACUUUGAAAUGGCAAGGAUUUUGGAUACUGAUCAAACAAAGGCCAAUAGUGAUCAUCUAACAAGGCAACAAGGUCUAUUCUUGUUUCCCUUCUUUGUGUUGAAGAAAUUCUAAUUGAUCAGCUAACAAUGUCCGACAAAGUUUUCAUAUUAAGCAAUGAUACAGUACCCAUCCCAGAACCAAAAGAACCUGCUUUAUCUGCAGCAGCUGCUGGCAAUCUCGGCAGUUAGAUGAUUUAUCUAUAAAUGAGAUGACAUGUACCUUGCCGAAACCUUGAUAAGAGGAAAUACAGUCUGAACAUCUAUGUUUAGUUAAUGCUUAAUUUUCUGUUCUUUCAGUGUAUUUAAUUUGUAACUUGAUUAGCACCAUGGGUGUGUUUUACUCAAGUGCCCUUGUUCA